CACGUUUCGAGUGAUGCCCCUUUCAGCAAAUUUGUUUUCACCCACAAUUUAACUAAUGUAAAUGUUGUCUAUUAUUUAAAGACACAUUUACGGGAUUUUAAGGUCUCUUGUAUGGCUAGAAAGUUUUAAAAUAAAGGUAGGGAUACUUUUUCAGACAAGGAACCAUUAACAUGUAGCCUAAUUAUUGAUGAUUAUGAUUUCAGAUGUCCUAGUUUUAAUUUUAGGCCUAUGCCGCCGCUACUCUACUAUAACUAUACAUUCAUUAUAAUUAUUUAAUACAUUUUUAUACAAAUGAACGCCAUGGUCGGCAUGAGUUAGUUUAGUUAGUAGUUCUGCCUUCUUACUUUUUACUUUUUUUUAUCUAUUUCUAAGACGACUGACUCGUACUGACAGUAACACACGCCUGUUAAUCUUAGAGACUCGCACUCAUACUCAUACUCAUGGUUUUCGUUUGUUAGUUUAAAAAAAAAAAAAUCAUUAUAAUUUAUAUAUAAAUGAAUUGAAUAUGGUAUGAAGUUGAGCUGAGAUAUUUGUGUCAGUGUCCGGUGUGGAUUAUUUAUAUUUAAUUAUUUAUUCCAAUAAAAAAAUAAUAGUGAUAAAAUGAUGGCAAUCAAGAAUCUCUAGACACAUAAGUAUCGUAUUGGCUAGGAUUGGGUUUGCAGAUAGUUUUUUAGCUCUGUACUGUAUUUAUAUAAUUUUUUUGUGACCGUUUUUAUGACUGACGAUUAUUGUUGUGUGUAUUGAUUGAACUUUUUUACCUGAUUGUCCUGUGUUGUUGGUAUAAAAAGAAUGUAGAAUGGGGAAUAAAGAUUAAUUGUUACACAGACUUGAGUUGGUAUCUUAUAUAACAUGGGGUCAGAUUUAGUCACAUCACUUUAAAUCCCAGAUACCCACAGUCCAAAGGCAUGGCUGAAUGAGCAAUACAAACAGUAAAUAAAGCUCAAGCUUCGGGCCAUGUCGGCCAAGAUCCAUAUAUUGCCCUGAAGGACUUGCAGCUACUCAUAUGCAGACUGCUGAAAUCAACUUUUCCAGCUACUGAUGCCUACCUAAAGCCUAAAGUUCCUGACUCAAAAGAAAUGGCCAACAUCUGGAAAAAAAGAAAAAACGAUCAAGGAAGAUAUUACAAUAAAACAGCGAAACUCACAGGCCAUCCACAGAUUUAGCCUGGGAGCAGUGUCCAUACACAGUCCUCAAAGCUCGUGGAAGCCAGCAGUAGUUAUCUCAGAAGCCUCCACACCAGGUCAUACAUUGUUAAAUACCAGAUGGGGUGACAUAGUGACAAAAUCAGAAAAUAUUAAAAGAGAGAUUUGGCGGGCAAAGCAGUGCUCCAGACGUAUUUGAACUGGACGGACCAGAUACAACACAUGUACCACAAGCUACCAACCCACAGGUUGAAAAGAGACUUUAGUGAAUGUGUCGCUACCAAGUGCCAUCAAUCCUAUUCCAGCACAAGUGGUAACAAGAUAUGGCAGGCACGUUAAAUCACGCUUCCCUGAUAGUGACAUUUAAAAUAUAAAUUGAUAUAUUCUUCUUCUUCUUUAUUUUGAGGGCCCACGAUCAAUGAAUUGAUCAUUCUGGCUCCUAUGUUUCAGAUAUUGAUACAUAUAUAUUGAUAUAUUGAUAUACAAUGCAAAUUAAUAUUUGAACUAUUGAUGCAAAGAUGUUGGAAUAUAUUUCGUUAAUACUGUUGAUAUAAUUGUGCAUACAUAACUUUUUCUUGAUUAACUAUUGAUUGUCUCAUCAAACUGGGGGAAAUGUGACAGUAUGUAUGAUUGACAAUUAUUGUCGUGUGUAUUGGUUGAACUUUGUGACCUGAUUGUCCUGUGUUGUUGUCAUGUUGUAUGACUGGAGGGGGUGAUUUGUUUUCAUGAAUGUUUAAACUUAAAUGUGUGAAUAUUGGUUGGAGAACUGGAUUAAGUGAUCAUGUGAUGUGAGGUAUAAAAAGAAUGUAUAAUGGGGAGUACAGGUUAGUUGUUACAUAGACCACAGACUUGAGUUGGUAUAUACUAUUACUUCUUUUAGUUUAAUAUUUUUAUCUUGGGGGAGGGGGCGAUGGGUAGACUAAACAUAUAGUGUGAUGCCCCCUAACAAAAUAUAUGAUCAGUAAGCACGCAAUGCUUCCUUCCUCACACAACACUCAGGCCUAAGCAUAAAUCGGGAUGAACAUAGCCUCACCUGCUUUUGCAAAAAAAUAAACAAAUAAAAAUUCAAAAGACCAAUAUCAACUAGCUUUAGUAUAUGUUGAGCUAUGAAUUUUUCAUUUGUCUCUUUUCACUAUCUUAGCAAUGGUAAUAUGGAAGGCACCACCUCAUUUCGUGACUCAAUAUUUUUCAGUUUUACAUACUGCCGUUACUUUAUAAACCAAAUAAUGAAUUGAAUAUAAUAAAAUUAUGUCUUUGAUUCUUAUUAAUUAAAUGCUUUUGCUUUAAAUAAUAUAUAAAAAUGUGCAUUUUAUUCAGCACAUGAGGGGAUCAUCUACAAUCAUUUACAAUAGUCUACUCUGGGGGAGGGGGGUCUUCCCUACCAAAAGAUAUUAUUUAUUUUCAUUUUUAUAUUUGCAAUGGUUGAAGGGGUCGCCCCUCCUCAGAAAAUAAUUUUAAAGUGUACAUAUGUAUACUUCUUUUUUAAAGCAAUCAAAAGACAGCAUUUUUAACAAUGUGCACGUUUUUUUUCACCAGUGGUUGGGGUAUCAGCAAGGCUGAAUUUCUUUUUGUUAGUUUACUGAUAAAUCUAUCAAUGCCUUGGUGUGGAGUGUAGUGAGUGUGUUCAUUGACAGGAAGUAUAUAUUAAAUACUUUUUACAAAGUCAAUGUUGUUGAUCAAUUAAGUUGUAAAUGUUAAUGCAGGACGUCUUAAUAUAGGAGAUUGUAGUUCAUUCCUUAUAGAAGACUAAUAAUGACAUAUGGUUAAACAAAUAGAGUGGAUGUUUGUGAGUACUGCUAUCCAUUCUGUAUUGGAUCUCUUCUUAGUCUUCUGCAUGAAAUAUGAUCUAGUUGUCAAUUAUUGAAGAUGAUGUAGUUAUCAAAUAUUGAAGAUGAUGUAGUUAUCAAAUAUUGAAGAUGAUUUUCUCUGAAAAUCAGAAGAUAGGAAAGUAUAAAAUAUUACUAUUAGAAGUUUAAAAAAAAAAAGAAGUAUAUUUUUUUGUGCUUUGGCUUCAAUCUGCAGAAUCAUGACAUCCAUUAUUAAGCUACACGCUCUUUCGGGCGCCAGAGAUGAAUCUCCACCAUGUUACAUGUUGCAGGUUGAUGAAUUUAGAUUUUUAUUGGAUUGUGGCUGGGAUGAAGAUUUCAGCAUGGAUUUUGUGAAGGAUCUGCGCAGGUAUCUUACAGUUAAAAAUUCUUAUUAAAUUAUGCUUUAAUAUUAGUUUUCUAAUUCAUAGUAAAAGGUUUUUAGUAUGCAUUGUUUACGUUGUCUGAUUGUCAAUUAAAAAACCCCAUAUUUUCUUGUUUUGACUUGUGAGGUCAAAUCUCAAUGAUGACAUUAUUAUGCAAUUUAAGAGUAACUCACCAAGUGGAUGCAGUACUUCUGACAUACCCAGAUCAUCUUCACCUUGGAGCUCUGCCCUACCUUGUGGGCAAAGGUGAUCUCAACUGUCCCAUUUAUGCUACAGUCCCUGUGUACAAGAUGGGGCAAAUGUUCAUGUAUGAUUUAUUCCAGGUAAGCUGUUCCAUUGUUAUCUUAUCUUCUUAAGUCUUUAUAAAUAUAUAUGCAUGUAUUGCUUUGUUCACCUAAGUACUAUAAAUCUGGCUAAGCUUACCUAUAUUUGUACUUUUUUUUUGACAUAACUAUAAUACAUCUGACUAAGCUAGUCUUAAAUCAAUUUAAAAACUGCAUUAAAGUUCUUGUUCCAUUUUUUUUCCUCUAAAACUAAUCUCAAAAGAAAUGUUAUUUUAUUGUCAGGGAGAUAAGUAUUUGAAGUUAGAUGGACUUGGCAGUAAAAGUUAUUUCUCUUUGGCUACCUAUGUUAAAAAAUAUUCCUAAACAUUUUCUAAAAAUUAAUUAAUUUGAUUUAAUCUAAGUAUCUUAAAAUUCAGUCUAACUUUACAUCAUUGAUUUAUUUUCUUUCUUUUAAUAAUUUGUAUGUGUGUGGAGUCGAUUGUUUUAUAACCUAACAUUAAUUAACCUAAUUAAUUAAUUUGAUUUAAUCUAAGUAUCUUAAAAUUCAGUCUAACUUUACAUCAUUGAUUUAUUUUCUUUCUUUUAAUAAUUUGUAUGUGUGUGGAGUCGAUUGUUUUAUAACCUAACAUUUUUCUUGGAUGAGAUUAUGGUAUACUGAGACAUUGAUAAAAUAUGUCCAAAAAUAAAAUUAAAAUAAUUGUGUUAGGUAUUCAAUAAUCGUCAAAGGUAUAACAUACAAGUGUUUUUUCCUCCAAAUAUUUUGUUGUACUGAUCUUAAUUAUUAUCAGCUGGUAACGUCACUUUUCAUAUCUUUCUCAGUCACGACACAACAGUCAAGAUUUUGAUAAAUUCACUCUGGAUGAUGUGGAUGUUGCAUUCGACAAAAUAAUUCAACUGGAAUACUCUCAGACAAUCACGCUUAAAGGUUUGUCUCCUGUCUACUAUUUCAACUUCAUUGAAUCGUUUUCUUUAAAACAAGCUUGAAAAGAUGGUAAUCUGGACAAGGGCUAAAGUUUAGAAUUUUACGGUUUGGCUGAUAAAAAUAACGGGCUAUAAAUGUCAGUCAGAAAAUUGAUGUUGAAUAAAAGCUCGACGAUCAAUUUUGAGUAAUUUUCUCAAGUAGCAUAAUACAAAGGAUGUAACUUGCGAAAUAUUGCAUUUGAUAUGACUAGUCAUAAUAGAGAUUUUAUUAUAUAAUUCAAAGGAUGCAUUUUGAAUAAAAUUUCAAAAUAAUCCUAAUUGGAGGGGGAAUUGAGUUCUUGAAGAUAAAUAAUACUUGUCUUAUAGCCGAAGAAAUGUAAUUCCACCUUAACUAGAUUCAAAAUCAUUUUAUGAUCUUGAAGAUGCAGCAGCAUUAACUUUGUGGUGAUUCAGUUUGUACUUUAUCUGAAGAUAUAUAAUUUUUGUUGCUGUUGUUGUUAAACUGAAUCUAAACCUGUGUGCUAAAUGUGUUGUGACAUAGGUUAAAUGUGAGAUGUUUUCAACCACCAGGUAAAGGCCAUGGUCUUCAGAUCACACCUCUACCUGCCGGUCACAUGAUCGGUGGCACCAUAUGGAAAAUAGUCAAGGAUGGGGAAGAGGAGAUUGUGUAUGCCAUUGAUUACAACCAUAAAAAGGAGAGGUAAGAAGUGUGCCAGGUUAGGGUGUGGUGGAUGAGUCUCCCUAAUGCAAUGUAGACUUCAAGAUUGGUUCACACAGAUGAUUUGUCACUUAAUUUGUUGUCAAAAUGGGUGGUUGAAUUUAUUUAAGUUUUUGCCUCUUGAGAUAUUCACUUUACCAAACAGGAUAAGGGGAGAAUAGAUGAGAGAAGUAUUAAGAGAAUUUAGAAAAAAAAUGUCCUUAGCUUUCUAAAUGUGGGCAAGGUUUGUUGGAUAGCAGAAAUGAUAAGACGUCACAAGUCACUGGAUCAGCAUGAUGCGAGGUUCACACAUUUUCUUCCAAUUAAGAUCCUCACAAUAUUUUCAUUUGAAAAGUCAAGGAAUAAAUAAAAUAAAACAAAUUAAAAGCCUUAGCCAAAUGGAUCAUUCAAGAAAAGCUGAAAUAAACAAGUGAAAGCAAGAGAUAAAACCUGACAGGCAUUGGAGAAGAAAUACAUUCCACUUCAUGUUGUAUUUUUACUUUCUCUUUAAUUGAGGGAGCAAUGAUUUAUGUUUGUGACGUUACAAAGUGUUUAAAUCGGUAGAGUUAGCUAAGUUUCUCUUAAAUGUUCACUUUUGAUAAAAAUUUAAACAAAAUUUAGUGUGGGAGAAGACAAGUGUAGGAGUCUUAACUGUUAACCAUGCUCACACAUUUACACACACCCACAUAUUUACUCACAAUCCUUCAUUUACAGGCAUUUAAAUGGAUGUCAGCUGGAUACCAUCUCACGUCCAUCAGUGCUCAUCACUGACACAUUUAACGCACUAUACAACCAGCCGAGUCGCAGACAGAGGGAUGAGCAACUUAUGAGUAGGUCACAGUUUCAUUUCUCCCUUACACUUGACAGCAGUGUCAAUGCUAAUUAAUUUACAAAAUAUAUCAAUAAAUAUAAUUAUCUGUAACUUUCCAUGUCUGCCAAGAAUAUUUCAGAUACAAAAGAAUGAAGCUCUGCGUUCAAACUGUGUGAAGGAAAUAGUGGAACAAAAUGUGCGGAAGCUUGAAAUAUAAUGCCAGGACAACAAACAGAAGAACGUUUUGGCCAAGAGCCUGACAGGACAGAAGACAGGACAACAAACAGAAGAACGUUUCGGCCAAGAGCCUGACAGGACAGAAGACAGGACAACAAACAGAAGAACGUUUCGGCCAAGAGCCUGACAGGACAGAAGACAGGACAACAAACAGAAGGACGUUUCAGCCAAGAGCCUGACAGGACAGAAGACAGGACAACAAACAGAGAGACGUUUCGGCCAAGAGCCUGACAGGACAGAAGACAGGACAACAAACAGAGGGACGUUUCGGCCAAGAGCCUGACAGGACAGAAGACAGGACAACAAACAGAGGGACGUUUGGGCCAAGAGCCUGACAGAACAGAAGACAGGACAACAAACAGAGGGACGUUUCGGCCAAGAGCCUGACAGGACAGAAGACAGGACAACAAACAGAGGGACGUUUGGGCCAAGAGCCUGACAGGACAACAAACAGAGGGACAUUUCGGCCAAGAGCCUGACAGGACAGAAGACAGGACAAAAGAAUAAACUGCAAGAAGUAGAAACAUACCUUGUUCCACUACUUCCUGGGAAUGUUUCCAAGUUUAGAUUGGGACAAUCACUUCCACAAUACAUUAAAAUAUAUUGCUUUCAUAGCUGCGCAAGUAUUCUCAAAAAAUUUGAGCAGAUCUUCACUUAAAAAGUAUAUCCUUACUUGACACUCUGAUGAUCUUGAUCUUCUGCUUUGAAUGUACUCUUGCCAACUGUGAGGCAUCUUGAAUAUUUUACAAUGUUUCAUUGACAGUAAUUCAAUGUACAUUUUUUUAAUUAAGGGAUGUCAUAUUUUUAAGGAACCUGUUUUUAAAACGAGUUAUCGAUUCUCUUUAAAGCCACGAUCCUCCAGACCAUGAGAAAUGAUGGGAAUGUGUUGGUUGCCGUUGACACAGCUGGCAGGAUGCUUGAGCUGGCACAGUUGAUGGUGAGCCUCUUUGAAUACAAAUUAUAGUCUUUGGUUGUCUUUGAAGCAGGCCCCUUGAUCAUGGGAUUUAAUUGCACUUUAUAUCUGCACUUUAUAUCUGCACUUUAUAUCACCUCAAUAAAUUUAUUUUAUCAGGCGAACAUAAAUUAAUUAAAUAUUUAUCACUCAAGUUGCUGAAUAAAAUUGAUAAAAUGUUAAUUUUCCAACUUUGUCAUGUUUAUUUGGCUGGAUGCAAAACCCCAUGUGGACAUUGCAGUUGUAGGAUUAUUGGGAAUGAGUGGCUUGCCUUCCUUAAAUAUUUAUCAACUCUGAUUCUUCUUCUCACCUCAGGAUCAAAUGUGGAGAAGUUCUGAGUCGGGGCUAACGGCUUACUCAUUAGCUCUGCUCAAUAACGUCAGCUUCAAUGUUGUGGAGUUCGCCAAGUCCCAGGUCAGUAAACAAUAAAUUCAAAGCUUUCAAUUUUAAGUGUGUGUACGGUUCCGUGAAGCAGAUGUUUUGUAUCUUUUUUUUCCCCCAUUAAACAGGGACUUCUUGUUUUAACUCCAUUUAAAAAUCUUUAAAAAAAAAUCUCCUUACAUUGAUACCAUGGGAAACUCUGAUCGAAUGAGCAUUUGUGGUUAAGUAAAAAACAUCUUAUCAUGAUGUCUAUAUUGAUAAAUACACCAUGUCCUCAGGUGGAGUGGAUGAGUGACAAGGUCAUGAGGUCAUUUGAAGACCACAGGAACAACCCUUUCCAGCUGAAGCAUGUCCGUCUCUGCCACAAUUUGGCGGAACUUGCCAGAGUGCCCGAACCCAAGGUAGGACCUCUUUAUAAAAUA